AUGAGCAAGACGGGAAUGGAGCGCGAGGACUGGGCGGUGUACAAUGCCCUGUACCCGGGAGUCGCUUUCCAGCCAGAGCACCGAGGACAGCUGGCAGCCCGCCUCAGGGAGAUUGCUGCACGCCUGGAGGCGCCCCCUGUCGUCACCAACGAGUUGCCACAGCCUGAAGUAUCAAAGAAUGACGUGGCUCCGACCCGCAAGCGACGAGGCACAAAACCCGACCUGGACUUUGCCAGCUACCAGACCCGGUACGUUGCGCUGGAGAUUCUAUACCUGGGCCACGCCUACGAUGGCUUUGCUCGCCAGGAGAGCUCCUCGAACACUAUAGAGGCACGGCUCUUCUCGGCCCUGGAGCGGACCCGCCUCAUCCCCUUCUCCGCCCCCUGGCAGUCGCUGCGGUACUCGAGGGCGGGCCGCACGGACCGUGGCGUCUCCGCCCUCGGCCAGGUGGUGGCCCUGGAGCUGCGCAGCUCGGCGCGGGUGGGCGAGCCCCUCCCCGACCCCGGCCAGGAGCUGGACUACCCGGGCCUGCUCAACCGCGCGCUGCCAGAGGACGUGCGGGUCACGGGCUGGUGCCCGCCGACCUCUCCAGACUUUUCCGCACGCUUCAGCGCCACACAUCGCGAGUACAAGUACUUUGUGGUGGCGCAGCCGGGGGAGGCGCUGGACCUGGCCGCCAUGCAGGCCGCAGGGGCCGCCUUCCUGGGCCUCCACGACUUUCGCAACUUUUGCAAGAUGGACGUGGCGCAGGUGAAGCACUUCCAGCGCCGGAUCCUGGACUUCCGGAUCGAGGCCGCCGGCCCCGCAUCCGGCGGCCGGCGCCUGUUCCUGCUUUCCCUGCGCGGCACCGCCUUCCUGUGGCACCAGGUGCGGUGCAUGGCCGCGGUGCUGCUCAUGGUGGGGCGCGGAAAGGAGGACCCCGGCGUCGUGGCGGCCCUGCUGGACGUGAGGGCGCACCCGGCCAAGCCGCUAUACGGACUGGCCAGCGAGGAGCCGCUACUGCUGUCGGGGUGCCGCUACGCGCCGGGGGAGCUGCGCUUCCUACGCACCGAGGCUAACCGGGACCAGGUCUGCAAGGUCCUGGGCCGCGCGCUGGACAGUCAUCUGGUGCGGGCCAGUCUGCUGUCCGAGAUCCUGACCAAGCUGGGCGAGGACGAGUGCGCCCUGCCCAGCGCCGGGCGGGAAAGGAGGGCGCGCAGGCACGGCGAGCGUGUGCCGCUGCUGCAGCGCGUCCGGGAGCCGUCGUAUGAGGAGCGGUGCACCAAGAUCCGGGAAGCCGGGGGGAAGUUGGCAGGGGACUUUCCUGACGAGAACGACACGGAGGAGUGA